AUGGCGCGCACCAAGCAAGCCCGACCCGUCGAGCGCCAGCCGUCGUCCGAAUACGUUACUCGCCAAUCUCCGGCAUCUUUCAAAAGCCAGAGCGAUAUGGCGCCCCAGUCCAAUGGCGCGGUGAGCAAGAGUGCGCCAGCGGCAGCGUCGGCGCAGCAGCAGCAGCAGCAGCAGCAGGAAGCUGGUGUGACGCAGUUGGUGAUAGCCGUCGCCGGCAUCUAUGGUUCAUUCCAAUGCCAAGAACACGGACAUGGACAUGGACUGACAUCGUUUGCGCCGAGUAGUCUGACCUGGGCCUACCUGCAAGAGAAGCUCACGACGACGCCCCACGGCCCUCCCGGCGGCGAAACCGAAGUCUUCAAAUACCCGGUGUUCCUCAACACCAUCCAGUCGCUGUUCGCAGCCGCGACGGGCGGCCUAUACCUCUACUUCAGCACACCAAGCGGCACGCGCAUGCCGCCCGUGAUCCCGUCGCGCCGCAUCCUAGGGCCACUCCUGCUGGUCGCGCUGACCAGCUCGCUGGCCUCGCCCUUUGGCUACGCUAGCCUUGCCCACAUCGACUACAUAACAUUCCUCCUGGCCAAGAGCUGCAAGCUGCUGCCGGUCAUGUUCCUGCACAUCACCGUCUUCCGCAAACGCUACCCGCUGUACAAAUAUCUGGUGGUGGCAGCGGUGACGGCGGGCGUGGCCGUCUUCACGCUGCACUCGGGCAAGAAGAGCAGCAAGCACGCGGCCAAGGAUGACGUGGGGCGCAACGGCGCGUGGGGAAUGCUGCUCCUGGGCAUCAACCUGCUCUUCGACGGCCUGACCAACAGCACCCAGGACUACAUCUUCGGCGCCUUCCAGCCCUACUCGGGCCCGCAGAUGAUGUGCGCCAACAACCUGAUGAGCACCGCCGUCACGGCCGCCUACCUCGUGCUCAGCCCCUGGCUUGUACACACAGGGCUUGGCGAGUGGUUCGGCAUGGAUAUCGCCGGCAGUGCGGGCGAGCUGGACGAGGCGCUGGAUUUCAUGGGCAGGUACCCUGGCGUCUGGGCUGAUGUGCUGGGAUUCGCGGCCUGUGGUGCCGUGGGUCAGGUGUUUAUUUUCUACACACUGUCGACAUUCUCGUCCGUGCUCCUCGUGACGGUUACUGUCACGCGCAAGAUGUUCACCAUGAUCCUGUCAGUCGUGGCAUUCGGCCACCGCCUCACGCGCAUGCAGGUGCUAGGCGUGGGGCUCGUGUUCGGCGGCAUCGGCGUCGAGGCCGGUAUCGCGCGGCAGGAGAAGAUAGCCAAGGAGCAGGCCAAGAAGCGGAAGGCCGAGGAGUUGAAGGCGCAGUGA